UUUUUACUGAUAUAUCAUAUGCUUCUUUGAGCCUUAUCUUAUAUUUUUUCAUAUUUUUAAGUAGAGGUUCUACAUCAUCAUUUCCUUUAAGUUUUAGUGCCAUUUCCGUCAAAGCAAUCAAAUUUUCAUUUUCAAUUAUUUCAUUGGACCAUGUUACAUUAUUAGAUUUUCUGCCUUUUGGCUUAACCAUAGUUUUUAAAAUAGGACAGGUUGUAUCUAAGUGAUAUUUAAGAGUUAACAUGAAAUUAUCAAAGGCAGUAUUAACAUUUCUAGAGACCAAGGUGUCUUCCCAAUGUUCAUUAUGAAGGGCUAUCCUUAAAUGUCCUAAAUUUUGCUCAUUUAAAUUUCUACCUAUUUGAAAUAUUUUAUGAACUUUUGGUUUCGAAACAUCCACUUUAAUUUGAAGAAUUUCAUGGUCCAAUAUUCCAUAGUUUCCUAACGUAUUUUUACUAAUGAUGUUUUUACUAUUUGAAAAGAUAUUAUCAAUAGCAGAGUCGUUACCAGACAUAAGGUUUUUUCUUGUGUAACAAUUAAACAGUUUACUAAGACAUGCAGUAUCAAAUAGAUCUAGUAAUUCUUUUGAUUUAAAAUUCAUAUUAGACAAAUUCACAUUAAAGUCUCCUAUGACAAAAACCUCAUUAACUAAGGGAUCUACCUUUAUGAGGGCUUCUUGAAGUAUAUCAACAAAUUUGUUCCACUUCUCAACAGUUGGAUUAGAUGGAGAUCUGUAUACUGCCAUUAAGAUAAUAUUUUUGUCCUUGAAAUUGAUUCUGAUAGCAGUUAUUUCACAAAUAAGAUCGGUUUAUAGAGAUUUAAUAUCUGUUAGUUCUUCAGUGAAGGCUGAUAGAAAUGGGUUAGUUAAAAUCAUAACUCCACCUCCUCUAAUGUUGGAUCUACAGGUUACUGAUGCUUUGGAAAGGAAGUCCAGAUUAAAAAUUUUGCAUUCCUCUUCUUGCAGCCAAUGUUCAGUAAUUACUACUAUAUCUGGACUGCUAUCUUGGUUAAUUUUAUUUAUUAAGUUGAUUUUGUUUCUAAUAGAACGUGCAUUUAUUGACAAGAUGUUUAUUCCCGAGUCCCUCCUAGUCAAAAAGGCCAAAACCGUAAUCCUCAUCCUCUUCUGAUUCUACAGUUUGGAUCUUGUUGAGUUGUUCUUUUGUUACCGUUUUUGACCAAUUCUUGUUCACUAUUUUGUAGAUUUCUUUUACGACCUUUUCUUUUCCUUUCAAGUUUAGAUGCAGACCAUGUUCCGUGUAGUGGUAUCUUCCUAGUAGUUUUGUUAGGUCUAUGAGAUGUACUCUGUCAUUGGUAUCCAAUUUAGUGGCUUCAUCUUUUAUUAAUUUCUCUAAUUCUUCAUUGUACUCUAGUAUGUCAUCUCUAUAUCUUUCCUCAUCAUCAAAUCUUAAAGGGGCAUUUACUAUAAUUACAUUGGUAUGCUUAGACUGGCUGAUCAUCUCUACUCUUUGCUUGGAAAAUAGAUUGCUAUCAUUCGUACCAGACAUGAAGACUAUGUAGUCGUCUGGAGAGAGGUGUGCCGUGUUUUCAUUAAGGUUUUCUACAAUAUUUUCUGUGGUCGCACUUGGUUUGGACACUACAAGGGUGUCAGCUUCUCUAAUUUCUUGAUGAAGAAUGCUUCCCAUUAGCUUUACUUGACUGUCCCCAUGGAUUUCUAUUUUGGUUUUAUUCAAUUUGAAGUUGUGUGGAACCACCUCAAACAGGUAUGACAACCACAAAGCUCAUGUCAGAAAGUGUAAAGAUAAGCAUCUGUCUUCUGGUAGCAAGUCCAUAGAAGAAGAAUCGAAACAGGAAAAAAAUUCCUCAAAUGGAAUCAAGAAAUCAAAGUCCAAAACACCAUGUCUGUUUCCUGACUGUGAUUUAGAGUUUUUUCAUAAGAAGAGUCUCCUUGAACAUCUAAAAACUGUCCAUGAAGGGGUAAAUUUACAAGACCCUGUUUCUAAACAAUUAACUCUACUGAUGAAUUUCAUGUUUGGAAAGAUGAAGAACAAGCCAGAACAUUCUCAUAUUUCAGCAAAAAAAGUGGACAAAAUGCAAGUAAAAUACAAUAUUUUUAUUGCCAACAUGAUGGCGUUUCCCACUCAGCAAGGAAAACAGGGCGUGUUAAGUUAGUGGGCAAAGUAAAAGUGGGACAUUAUUGCAUUGCUAAAAUGCAAGUCUGGAAAGACACAGAAGAUAAGAUCAAUCUGCUUUAUUACCCAACUCACAGUCAUCACUGUUCACCCUCUGAUCUUGUCCAUCAGCCUCUAUCAAAGAAAGAUGACAUGUACAUUAAUGAAAAAAUAGCGUGGGGAGUAUCACCAACUAAGAUUUUGAGGGACAUUCAAAAGAACUGCAUUCCAACAACAUCCAGUCUUGACCAAAUUCAAAAUUUCAAAGCUGCAGUUAAAACGAAGAAAAGAAUCAGGGAAAGAGCAAGAAAAAGAAGAGAAAAGAGGAGAUAUCAUAAAGAUGAAGCAAAGGCUGUCUUUCUUAUGGUGAAUGAGCUUAGUAAAGACCGUGAUUGUGUAGUUUUAUACAAGCCUUAUGGACAUGAUGUUCAAAUUGGUCCCAAGGAGAUUAAUUCAUUGCCUGAUCACAAACAAUUGUUCAUGCUUGGUCUACAGACCAAAGAGCAGGCUGCACUGAUGGUUGAGCACAGCCACAAAAUAGUGCUUGUCGAUGAAACACACGGGACUAAUCAUCAUAAAUAUCAGUUGUUGACCCUCAUGAUCAUCGACGAUAAUAACAGAGGAUGGCCUGUUGCUCACUUGAUAUCAAGUAAGAGUGAUGCUGAUACUCUCCAGUACUUUUUUAGAGCCCUGAAAGAGAAACAUGGCAAUGCAGACAACCUUAACUUAAACUGCAUUAUAUCCGACGAUGAUUCAGCCCUAAUAAAUGCUAUGGACCUUGGGUUUGAGGGCAAGUUAGGCUCGUUGCGCCAUAUACUGUGUAAAUGGCACUUAUUGCGUGCAUUUAAGAAGAACCUUCGAUCACAUGUGCCGAAAAGCUUUGUUGAUACUAUGAUGAAUGAGUUAAGAGUCCUUGUUAAUGAAACAGAUCAGAAGACUUUUUAUGAUUUGCAGGCUGGAUUCAUUGCCAAAUAUGAGAAUUUAGAUCAAUGCAAGAGCUUUAUCACUGAAUACUACCGUAAAUAUUAUGUGGAUCGGGUUACAAAGUGGGCAAUGUGUUUCCGGAACUUUCCCCAUGCAAACAUCAAUACAACAGGUCACAUUGAAUCGUUUCAUCAUCGCUUGAAGAAAGUCUACUUGAAGAGAAAAGUGAACCGCCGUCUUGAUGAUCUGGUCAACAUUUUGAUUGACAUUGAAUGGGAUGACAAAAUAAGAAGAGUUCGUGAGAGUGUUGUGGGCAUGGCUUAUCAACCACAUGAAAUUUUGGACAGGCAUAAGAGAGGCAUGCAAAUUAGUGAUGAAGAUCUAGUAAAAAUUGAUGAAAACACCUGGGACAUUAAAUCAUCUUCUGGUAAAGACAAUUAUUAUAUUGCUCGUUACCAUGAAAAAUGCCCAUUGGAUCACUGCUUUUUAAAAUGCACUCAAAUUUUAUGUGGUGGUCUGUGUUCUCAUAUUUAUUCAUGCUCUUGUAAAGAUACUAACCCUCUCUGUAAACAUGUUCACAAAUUGCAUUCUCUGCUGAUGAGAGACAUUGUGAAGCAGGUACGUGAUAAUGCCUGUAAUGUUGAUUUUGUUCCUGAUGAGCCCUGUAAUGAGGAAGCAUUUCAUAUUCCUAAGUCAACCCCUCCUGAAAAUAGAAGAACUCUCUCUCAUCAGUUUGUUGAGCUAGAGGAAAAUUUGUCACAACUUGCAGAAAUUUUAUCCUCUGCAAAAGGUAACCAGAGACCUCUUAAAAAUGCCAAUGCCAUUGAUCAUGCCACCACUGUGACUCGGGAACUUAUCUUGCAAUUAAAGUACAUGUGUGAAGAUGAUGAUGUUGAUGAAGUUCCGUUCAUGGAACCUGCAGUAAAAUUCAACUCCAAUGAAAAACUGAAGACCCAAGUGUCGCAAUUACUACCGUUUAAGAAACCAGCAGCUAAGAGGAAGAGGAAGGAGGCAGGAGUUAGUCCAGAACGAAAGAAAGCGAUCAAGAAAGACCUGCUGGGAAUUCUUGACAGUGACAAUCCGGAUGACCCUGGUAGCAGCUCUGAGCCACUUGGUUUCAUUCCAUCAGAUGAUCCUGGUAGGAGCUCUAAGUCUCUUACUAGUUUCACUCCACCUUUGAGUUUUGCACCAAACCCAUGUGAUGUCAUCUUGAAAUGUGGGUAUGAGCAAAUUUCGUUACUUGCUUUGAAAUCAUUGGAGUAUCAAAUGUCAGAUGAAGAAAAACAGGAGUGCAGGAUGCUAGAUCCAGCAUUUACCUGUGGCUGGCUCUAUUCAUCUGUUAUCAAUGCUUAUUUAAACUCACUUGAAGACCAGUAUCCAUUGUGUCUCGCAUUAUCUUCAGAUCUUGCUAUCCGCGCCUCAAGAGGACAAUCAAACCUACGUGUAUUGCAGAAGAGCUUUGCUGAUAGUCAAAAAGAUGUUGUACUUCUCCCUUGUAAUCUGUCAGGGUAUCAUUGGUGCAUCAUUGCAGUCCAUUUAACAACCCCAAAGAUUUUAUAUUAUGAUCCUCUGCAAGGAGAAUUAAGUCAGCCAACACAAACCCUGUUGUUCCAGCUUAGUAAGGAUUUGAAUUCACUCCUUCCCUUGAAUUCUGGGUGGAAGACUAUUGUGUAUGUAAAGGCCGUGAAGCAAGAUGACUCGUACAACUGCGGUGUUUAUGCAUGCGCCUUUGCUGAACAAAUGGCGAGAAAAUCCCUCCCAUUUCAAAAGCCAACCAACAUAAAUGCUUUUCGGAAAAAAAUUUAUGAUUCUAUUGUUGGUGGCUGCUUGAGGGACAUGAAUUUAGAACAAUGUUCUAUUUGUUAUGAAGAUUUUUCACAACAAUUUGAAAAUGACAACAGAACUUGGAUUUCCUGUAAAAGAUGUGACAAAUGGUUUCAUGACGAUUGUGUGACUAAUUCUACUGUGCAUUUUGUCUGUCCGUCCUAAAAUAUUCCUUUUUCUUGUUAAUUAAACCAUUUUAUUUUGAAAAAAAAUUCUCAUUUAAUCU